AUGACUGGUAGAGGAAGAGCAUUGACGGAGCUGAUGCGGAGAAGGAAAGUGGACAUUAUGUGUGUGCAGGAAACUAGAUGGAGUGGCAAUAAGUUGAAAGAGUUGGGAGACGGACACAAGUUAAUCUAUGGAAGUGCAAAUUUGGACAAAAGAUAUGGUGUUGGAAUAAUAGUGUCGGGAAAAUUUAAGAGUGCAGUUGUGGAAACAGGUUACAUCGAUGAUGAAAAUGAUGAGUUUUGGACAACACUACAGGAUGAAUUUGAGAAGGUUGCUGAAGACGAAAGAUGUGUUAUCGGUGUAGACUUAAAUGAACAUGUUGGGAGAGGAUCCGAUGUUAUCAGUCGAGUGCACGGAGGGAUGUGUUAUGCGGAAUUUGUGAUACAUGCAGGAAAAGAGAUUCUAGGAGAAACUAGUGGAAAGAUCUGGAAAGAUAAAGAAACCUGGUGGUUCACUGAUGAAGUACAACGGGCAAUAACGGAGAAGAAAGAGGCUAAGAAGAAAUGGGAAAUCUCCCCAGCCGAGAGAGAUAAAGAAGAAUAUAAGACUAAAAAUUAA